UGUGUUCUGUGAGAGCGUGGAGGUCGGCGAGAGAGAGAGAGGGAGCGUGCGGGCGAGUGAGCGGUGGUGUGGCAGAGAAAGAAGCCAUGACGGGCUAUGGAGAUGGUUUGUGUAACCACGUCGCCCCUGUUCAAGUAUUGUGGGGGUGUUUGGAUUUGUUUUGGUGACAAGGGCGGAGGUCUAUCAGCACUUUUCAUGGAGUGUCGGAGGCAGCGGGGCGCUGAAUGGAAAAUAUGUCGCGGUAACCUCUUCCAAAGUCAAACUUUUUGUUUUGGCCGAGCGUUGAAUAUACGUAUUGAAGAUGCUGAGGUCGGAGCUGACGUCGCUGAUGAUUCGGGCCCAUCAUCUGCUCCGAAAGCAGCCGACAUUCAAGUCGGAGGAAGUUCCGAUGUUGUACCGCGAGCCAGGGGUUCUAACCGGAUAUCGUCUGCCUGGAAUGAAACUGGUAUCCUAUAUCAUCAGCGUCCUACAGUUGAACAACGAGGUCGUCAACGUUUGGACACAUCUCAUCGGCUUUGUGGUCGUUCUCUUCAAGAUCCACUUUCUGCUGGAAGAAUUUGGACCAGACGAUUCUAGGAUCUUCCCGGUCAUCGGUUUCGGAGUCUGUUGUCUUGUUUAUACCUCUUUCAGCGUGAUCGCGCAUACUCUUCACUCUAUCUCUCCCGUUGUCCAUUACACGUGCUUCCAAGUUGACUACGCCGGAAUAGCACUGUACGCCUUUGGGGGGUCACUCUCAGUGUUUUAUACGAGUGCCGACAGUGAAACAAAAAUCCAGCUGCAGUCGUGGUUUCUUCCCGUGAACUUCACACUCUCUUGGUUUUGCUUUCUGUGUUGUUGUAUAGCGAAGCUAAAAUAUCGUAGACCAUAUCCGAUCAGUAGAAAGUUAUGGCAGGUGAUCCCUUAUGGUGUUCACACGCUCUUCACAAUGGCGCUCGUCUUCCGCAGAACCGUCAAGUGUUACUCCGACAACUGCAGCGACCCGGGGUUAUACAUGCAUGGAACUGCCGUCAUACUCGCCUUUAUUGCAGCCUUGACCUUUUCAAGCCAUCUUCCGGAGAAAGUGUGGCCAGGUCUGUUUGAUUUGAUUGGUCAAGGACACCAUGUGUUCCACGUGGUCAGCAUCUUUCUAACCCUCAAACAGUUUGAUGCUGCUCAUUGGGACAUUUUGCAUUCCAGUAUUGACGUCACUAACGACGUCACACCUAAAUUAUCCUCAGUACUGGGCGUGAUAACUGGUUUGUGUGUGUGCUGUGUCUUAACUAUUCUUGCCUUGAGGCCGUUCGUCACGAAGGUCGUGCAAGAUGGUGACAUUUUAGAAAAAAAGAAAUGAGUGAUUUAGUAUGUAUAAAUUAUUUUGUAUGUUUUACAGAUUGAUAUUGAUAUAUUUUGUAAUACGUGGGUGUCAUAAACGAUUUUUGUAUCAGCAAACGUUUGUUUAUAUGUUGUGCUUCUCUAAGCACGGAAGACUCUUGAGAUACACAGCUUGACAGCUUGGAAGCCUUAGUAGAUACAUGUCUAA